GCAGCAAGAAGAGGCCACAACACAACGGAAGUGUUUCCAGGGGACACCUAAAAGUGAUGGACACGCCCGGAUGUUGUUGCUGCAGCUGUUUGGAGUUUCUAACGCCGGUGUCCGUCUACUACGUGAACGUUAACUAAACUGCAAUGUAUUGUCCAUAUUGUGGAAACCAAUUUGUUGGACGUGGUGGACGUUUUUGUGGCUCCUGUGGCAGCAACAUUGAGUUUUUGUCACCUUUUGCAGAAGAUGGACCCAUAUUGGAUGAAGUCACGGAGACAGGCCUCAUCCAAAAAUAUUUCUCAGACGGUCACACAUACGAGGUGAUCCUAGAUUUUCUUGGAAAGUAGCACAACAUUUUUAUGAAUCUCAGCACUUUAAAGAGGAGGCUAAAGGAAGCAGGCCUAACUAGGAGGACAAAUUAUACUCCCAUUGCCACUGUGCAGGCAACUGUUGCACAGGAACUGAGAGGCUCUGGUCAGCUGUUAGGUUACAGAGCCAUGUGGCAGACAUUGCAACAGAAGUAUCACCUGACAGUUAAAAGAGAUGAUGUUAGGCAAACCAUUGCCAGACUGGAUCCAUCUGGAGUUCAACUUCGCUCUAGGCGCAGGUUUGUCAGAAGAGGAUACUUCACAGAGGGACCAAACCAAGUGUGGCAUGCUGAUGGGUAUGAUAAAUUGAAACCCUUUGGUAUUGCCAUCAGUGGCUGCAUUGAUGGCUUCUCAAGGAAAGUAAUGUGGCUCAUGAGUGGCAGCACUAAUAAUGAUCCAGGGAUCAUAGCACAGUAUUAUAUGCAGUGUGUAUCUGAGUUUGGACAACUCCCAGCCCGCCUUCGCACAGACUGUGGAACUGAAAAUGGCACUAUGGCAGCAAUGCAUUGUGCAUUAAGAUCUCAGCAUAGAGAUGACUUUGCAGGAUCCCUCAGUCACAUGUAUGGCACCUCAACGGCAAACCAACGAAUCGAGAGUUGGUGGUCUUUCUUCAGAAAGCAAAGGACUCAGUUCUGGAUUGAUGUCUUCAGUGACCUGAGAGAGAGGCACCUUUUCAACGGCAGCCAUGAGCACAAGUGCCUCAUACGGUAUGUCUUCCUGGCCGUCUUGCAGAAAGAGCUUGAUGAGUACAGACAACUUUGGAACAACCACACCAUCCGACCUGUUCGUCAAUCUCGUUGUCCAUCGGGUAAACCAGAAGCCAUGUACCACCUGCCUGACAGGUUUGACGGAAGGGAAUGUGGAUUCCCAGUGUCCCAGGAAGCCCUACACCAGUUUGAUGACUUACUGCCAGCUCCGCGCAGUCUGUGUGGUGAUGUUGAUCUCCAAAGUCAUUUUGCAGACUUGGAGAGACAGAGUGGGCUUGCUCUACCAGUCAACUGGACAACUGCUGUUGUGAAUUACAUAUCACUCAAGAAUAUGUCUGGACUUUAGAAUCUUCAGCUCCUGGUUCUGCAACAUAAUUUGACUGGUAGACAUACGUGUUAUGUAAAUAAAUUAUUGUAAAAAUAACUAACA